UGCGCCCCGCCCGCCGCGUCGGGCCCGCCCUCCUGGCGCAGCCCUGGGCCCUCCCGGAGCUAUUUUGAAAGUGACCCUGGGCUCGGGCGCCCGGGGCUCGUGGAGAGGGCGCGGCGGGCGGCGGGAACCAUGACAGAAGAUGACCGAGGCAGCGCUGGUGGAGGGCCAGGUCAAGCUGCGGGACGGCAAGAAGUGGAAGAGUAGGUGGCUGGUGCUACGCAAGCCAUCGCCGGUGGCAGACUGCCUGCUGAUGCUGGUCUACAAGGACAGGUGCGAACGCUCCAAGGGUCUGCAGGAGCGCAGCAGCCUCACCCUGGAGGACAUCUGUGGCCUGGAGCCCGCCCUGCCCUAUGAGGGCCUGGCCCACACUCUGGCCAUCAUCUGCCUGUCCCAGGCUGUCAUGCUGGGCUUUGACAGCCAUGAGGCCAUGUGUGCCUGGGACACCCGUAUCCGCUACGCAUUGGGCGAAGUGCAUAGGUUCCAUGUGACGGUAGCUCCUGGCACCAAGCUGGAGAGUGGUCCAGCAACUCUCCACCUCUGCAAUGACAUCCUCGUCCUGGCCAGAGACAUCCCUCCAGCUGUCAUGGGGCAGUGGAAGCUGUCUGAUCUCCGUCGCUAUGGGGCUGUGCCAAACGGAUUCAUCUUUGAAGGCGGGACCAGGUGUGGGUACUGGGCUGGAGUCUUCUUCUUGUCCUCAGCUGAGGGAGAGCAGAUCAGCUUUCUGUUUGACUGCAUUGUCCGAGGCAUCUCCCCGACCAAAGGCCCGUUUGGGCUUCGGCCAGUUCUCCCAGACCUGAGCCCUGGAGGGCCCUCAGCCUCAGAGGAGCGUGUUGCCCAGGAAGCACUGGAAACCUUGCAGCUGGAGAAGCGACUUAGCCUGCUUUCACACUCUGGCCGGCCGGGCAGUGGAGGGGAUGAUCGAAGCCUAUCCAGUUCCUCUUCCGAGGCCAGCCACUCAGACGUCAGUGCCAGCAGCCGGCUCCCUGCAUGGCCAGAACAGUCCUCGUCCUCAGCCAGCACAUCACAGGAAGGGCCAGGCCUGGUGGCUGCCCAGGGUCCAGGAGAAGCCAUGCUGGGAGCCUCAAGGCCACCCCUCAAGCCACUGCGGCCUCGACAGUUGCAGGAAGUUGGCCGCCAGAGCUCCUCUGACAGUGGCAUUGCCACAGGCAGCCACUCCUCCUACUCUGGCAGCUUCUCAUCCUAUGCGGGCAGCAGCCUGGACAUGUGGCGGGCUGGAGACGAGUUUGGUUCUCUGCUAAGCCUGCCUGCUGGAGCUAGUGCACCUGAGCCCAAACUGUGUACCUGCCCACCUGGGGUGGCUGAGUACCAGGUGCCCACCUCAUUACGACACCACUAUGACACACCUCGAAGCUUGCGCCUGGCCCCCAGAGACCCAAGCCCAGCCUCUCAGGGCAGCCCUGACCACAGUUCAGCCACGGACUUGGGUGGUCAGGCACCCUCCUCCAGUUGCCUGGGAGCUCGACGGCGGGGACAGGCAACAGAAGGCCCAGGCAGUGAAACCACACUGCCCAGUCCAUCCCCUGGCGAGUCCUGGGAAGCAGGCAGCCCCCAUGCAGGGCCACCUCCAGCUUUCUUUUUGUCAUGUUCAGUCUGUGGCGGACUCAAGGUCAUGGCUACGUCACCCCCUGGACUCACUGUGACAUAUCCAGGAUCUCCAGGGCCCAUGGCUUCUGACAGCCCAGGGCUGGAACGACCACGUAGUGAGAUGCCCACCUAUGUGAACAUCCCCAUCAGUCCUACCUCUCGACUGCAGCUGCACUACAUGGGCCUGGAGUUCCCAGGGGCCAGUGGGAGUGUGCGAGGGGCCAGCACUUCCGGCUAUGCCCAGAUCGACAUCAUGGCUACAGAGACAGCACAUCGCGUGGGGGUCCGGCAUGCACAAACCCGGGAAGAACGAUUGUCAGAGCUGGAGCAGCGGAAGAAAGGGUCCUGAGGCUGCAGCUCAGGUUGGGGCUUGCUGGGCACCUGGCCAGCUGGACCAUCUUUAUCCUUUUGUGGGUCCGGCCCUUGUGGCUAGGGUCCCUGGCCUGUCUGUGUACUCCGGUGGUCAGUGAUGGAAGCUGAAUCUUGGCCUCCUGCUGCAAUGGAGGCUGUGGUUGGUCUUUGUGCUUUGGAAUGAGCCGCCGAAGGUUCUGGGCCCAUCCAUCUCAGUUCAUUCCAGUGUGUGAAAGCCAUGUAGCAGUCUUCUCUCUGCCAUUAGGGCCUCUAGCCUCACUGGUGCCCAAGACUGACCCUUCUUUUGGCCUGAACAAGUUCUAGGCUAUGGGGGUGCCAAGACACCUAUCUCCAGCUACAGCCUACCAGUGGAAACUGAAAACAGUCUCCCUGGCCUGGAAUGCAAGCUGCACUUCCCAUCCUGGAUGAGUGGCCAUGAUGACAGCUUACACUAGCAGAGCAGUCUGAACCAGCUCUGCACUGCAGAGGGACCUGUGACUUGCAACCGCCAUACACCUGACUGGCUCUGCGCCUGGGAUCCUGCAGCCUCCCCUACCCACCUCCUCCUGCAGUGUCGCUACUGAGCCAGGCCCUGCACCUUGAGUGAAGACCAUGGUGGGGACAGAACUGUUCUUAUUGUCAUCUUGUUGGGACCUAUUCCAGCCAGUUGGGUAAACUGUUUUAAAUCUCUGCUGUUAUAUUUUUAACAAUCCAUAUUAUUUUCCAAA